CACUUUCUUUCUCUCCGUUGCAACAACAAACAGAAACACGUAAUCUGGCAUCGAACUUUAAUUCCUCCUGAGGGGGGAAAAAAAACUCAAGAGGUCAGGCGGGGAGGGAGGAAAAUCGUUGAAGGGCAAAAACAUUAUAGACCAACCCACUACACGUUGAGUCCUGUCCUGCUUCGCUCCCACACAUGUCGCUGUGGUGCGUGCUGAUCGACAGAGCCUCUCCUCCUCCGGCCGUGGGAUAACUUCUGCUACUACGAAAGUUUUACUGGAUAUUUCAACGUUUUUUACAGGCUGGCUCUCGUCGCCUCCUAGUGUGCAGCUGGGGCAAUGAAAAAUUUUGAUUUUUGAAGGAAAAUUCUCAAACCACAGGAAAUCCUAUUUGAUAGCAUCAAAGGGAACACUUUUUCCCCUGCAUAUAAGAACUGACAACUUCUGUCUUCUCACGUCUUCAAUUCCAAAUCAAGAGGAAAGAAUGCACAACCAAAGGACUUUAUGACACCUAAUCUGUGGAUCUAAUUUCAAAACGUAUCAGAAAAGGUGAAGAAAAGACAGUUUCUUCCUCUGGAAAAUACCUAAAAUGGCAACAGAGACUUUCCAUGCUACCUAUACUGGUGUAGCUCCAUCUGCGAUCCCAACGUCCCCCUCAACAGGAAAUCUGCUUCGUGAGAUGUUUCGUGAGUACCAGAGCAAUGCAGUCAUCAUUGAGCACUACAACUACACAGGAAAGCUGAAGGAGAACAAGUACAAGGAAGGACUCAAACCAGAGGCCAUAGCUUUUCUGCUGGUCUGCUUGCUGAUUGUUUUAGAAAAUGCUGUGGUGCUUCUGGCUAUCUGGAAGAACAAGAAAUUCCAUCUGCCAAUGUACUAUUUAUUGGGCAACUUGACUCUCUCUGACCUGCUCGCAGGUUUCACCUACAUGGUAAACCUCAUAACAUCCGGAGCCAACACAUUAAACAUGACCCCGGUGCUGUGGUUCCUGAGGGAGGGGGGUGUGUUCAUCAUGCUGGCUGCCUCCGUCAUCAGUUUGCUGGCCAUCGCUAUCGAGCGUCAUGUUACCAUGGUGAGGAUGAAGCCGUACCAGGGGGACAAACAGGGGCGGAUGUUUGCUCUGAUCGGAGCGAGUUGGGUGUUGUCGGUGUUCCUGGGUGUCCUGCCUGUCCUGGGCUGGAAUUGCAUGGGACGGCUGGAGCAGUGCUCCACAGUCUUGCCGCUCUACGCCAAGAGUUACAUCCUCUUCUGCAUCACCAUCUUCAGUGCCAUCCUCAUGUCCAUCGUGGUGCUGUAUGUCCGCAUCUUCCGCAUUGUCAAGUCCAACACCCAGCGCCUCGGUUCAAAUCCACACCGAAAAGGCCUUUACCGCAAGUCCCAGAAGUACAUGGCCCUGCUGAAGACAGUCACCAUAGUCCUUGGGGUCUUCAUCGCAUGUUGGCUGCCCCUCUUCAUCCUCCUACUGCUGGACUUCUUCUGUAAAGCCAAAACCUGUGAAGUGCUCUUUAAGGCAGACUACUUCUUGGGCAUCGCUAUGUUCAACUCCCUUCUUAACCCUAUCAUCUACACCCUGACCAGCAAGGACAUGAGGAGGGCCAUCCUCAGGCUUCUCUGCAGACACUGCCUUCUGACAAAAGAUGGACACAUGAAGAAGAUUGGGAUGCCCUUCUUGGAGUGCAGCACCAGUAAGACUGAUGCAGCCUCUCACAGACUGGAGGGAGUGGAGACAACAGUAUCCUCCGGGAACUUUACGCCCUCUACUAUUAAAGUCAUCUACCCCAGGAUGUCUAAGACAUGAUACAGGGGCCCACUUUGACUUUGCACUGAGGGCAGACUAAGAACUGGACCACUGAUACGUCGAGGCUGAUUCUCUCUAAACUGAGUCGCACAUUUGCUUCAGUCGAGCAAACAUGUAUGACAGGAGUGAAGUUUUCUGUUGCACUCUGCCACGGUUUUGGUAUUAAUCCUCAUGAAUACAAUAAGCUCAAUGUAUGUGAUAGGUGUCCAAACUGGUAGAAAGACCUUUUUGGUGAAUUAUUAUCUUUUUCAAUUGUCUGUUCAUAUUUUCUGUAAUAAUGUAAUGAUGACAAACAGAAAUGUCCAAGCCUUAAUAGUUGAAGUUUCUUGUGAAAAACUAGCAUUAUGUUUGAAAAAUGGCGCUUUUGCCUCUCCAAGGCCAGUAUUUGUCAGAGGAUAUUCCUUUUGGAGAAAUGCAAUUUAAUCAUUUCAGUGUUUGCUUUUGCACAUAAGAUGAAAUCAAAGAGUUCAACUGUGUGCAUAUGUUUCAUAUAAAUACAGCCAAUUAUGCUGUACAUCUUAUAGACUGGGGCUCAAGCCCAAGCAUGAGAUUUAUCCUUAUCUCCUCUCCCUCCUGUGUAGCAUAUAAUGAUAUGUUGUUACAAACAUGGAGCAUCCACACCCAAGUUCUGCUGCCAAAACCAUGUAAUUUCUGCCAUCUGAGUUUUGGUCAGCAGCAACGUUGGGUAGAGGUCCCCCUCGACCAAGAUCAGAGGCUCAGCGGCCUGGAGACGCACUGAAGACGUCAUAUGGAGGGUUGUGCUGGUUGGUUUGCAGCUUUGGAGGUCCUUUCAACAUAUGUAGCAGCAUUUGAUGAAUGACUAAAAGCAAUAAAGCUGACAGUGGAGGUUUGAUUUAAGGGACUGGAAUAUCCCUGUGAUAUGCUAAAGCAUGUGGACAAAAACAAGAGACUUAAGAACUUUUUUGUUGGAGAAAGUUCAUCUUAAAACCAUGAAAUGAUAGAUUUCUAGCGAAAGAGCAGAUAUAAUCUCGUCCCACAUGAAAGAAAUCUGUCAGAGCCUGUAUAACAAAGUAUGUGGGCUUCAGUGUUCAGGGGAAUUUCAUUGUGGUAACAGUGGAACAAAAAUUGACGUUUUAACAAUUUUGAUCUUGUACAUAAAUGUAAAGAGAAAAUAAAUCUAUUUACUGAUUUUUAUUAUACCUUGUAAAUAUAUAUAUAGCCUUUUCUGGACUUAUCAGAAAUGCAUUUUGUAUUGUAAAAACCUCACUUAAGUUAUGUCAGUUUUAUAUGUGCACUGAAUAAACAGAUGUGAAUGAUUGUUUA